AUGAUUGCGAUGCUGCUGCUGAUCAUAGAACUCGUAUUUGGUACAUGGCGAUUCAGCGCUGCCACAUGCACCUCAUACCUGGUAUUGGAUUCGAUGAACAAGUUUGUCGCUCCGAUGAUCGUCUUUCUAAUCAGUAGAACGUGCUAUACUACCGUUUGCCUUGACAAAGCCAGAGGAGAGCGAGCUGCAACAUUGAAAUAUGCAGCUCUUCAAGUGCUGAUCGCGCUCGGCUGUGUGCCUAGGUCCUCGCUGUGGCGCAGUGUUCGCCGUAUCUCCAGGUAG